CACAACCACUGAACUUUAUGGAGGCUGCAGUCGUGGAAAAUGAUCUCCUCUGUGGUCUUUGCUGUCCUCAUUCAAGCGCUGUUGGGAGAUUUGUGUUCCACCAUAAACGUCACCAUCACCCCUUCCCCCUUCACAAUGGCCCAGGAGGGCCAAAACAUCACACUCAAAUGUGUAGUUUCCCAGCGGCGCCGCAAUGCUGCUUUACCCGUAGUGAAAUGGACCUUUCUACCGGCGGGCGCAGACAGGCCGGAAGAUGAACUCCUCAUAGCUCGCGUCAACAUGAGAAAGGCCCGUUUCUAUGGGAACUACACAAAGAGUUUCUCGUGGCCGAAGAUGAAGCUGACGGUGGUGAAGCAGGGCAAGGUCUUUGACUUGUUGAUCUUGAAUGUGUCAGAGGGUGACAGAGGUCUCUACAUAUGUCGGGUACAGGAGUUUAAAAAGCACCAGGAUCGCUGGAAGGCCUCAUCCAACUGUACAGCUACAACUGAACUAAGAGUACAUGUGUUUCCAGCUACCAGGGCCAAAAAAGAAAGUUUGUGGAGCUUGUUUGAAGAUGUUUACCUUUGCGCCGUGCUGAUUUGCUCAGUGGGCCUGCUGUGCAUGUGUCUGUUCACAGUGGCGGUAACCUGCCAGUACAUACAGAGGAAGCAGCGGUUAAAAGAUAAUUACCACCUGGUCAAAAGCUCUCAAAAUAGCUCAGGAGAAACUGUCACCAGUGUCGUCAGCAUAUCUCCCGCCCUACCAAAGAAGGAGAGAAGAUACAGAAAGAAAAAGAGCAAACAUUACCAAGAGGAAAUCCCACCAGAGAUACCCGCAAAAGUUCCCAUUGGAGACAAAAGGAAACCAAAACUUUUAAAACCACAACCAAGGAAAGUAGUUUUGCCAAAGAUAGUGGAGGAGAAUCUGACCUAUGCAGAAUUGGAUCUGGUGAAGCCCAUCCCGGAAGCCAAGACCUCGCACAAUGGCACGGUGUACGCUCAGAUUCUUUUCGAGGAACAGCAGUUAUGAAAAAGCAAACUCCUCUCCUAAAUGUGCUUUACAGUAUGUAAAUAUGGUUGUUUAUUUAUAUAGUCUUUGAUGUUUGUAUUCGAAUGAAUGAGAUGAAAUUGUACCUAUCAUGUUUGUAUGAACUUUGACUGCCUUCGCAGGCGGUGAUGGUGAAGUCCAGGAUUUACUACAAUACCACAAAACUGGCUCAAGAUAUCUUUGACAUCUUGCUCAAGAUAUCCGGUUGAUAUAUUAGAAACUCUUUUGAGUGUGUCAUAAAAGAAGCUGCCUGCGUGUCAAGUAUGAGGCUAGCAAAGCCUUGUUCUUUAGAGCAAUAGCAAUUUAGCAGUAGCUAUGAUAUAGAGAGCUAGCAUAGCUGCCAGGCAUACUAUUGAACAUUUUGCAAUACAUUAGGAAUGCAAAUCAUCUAUCCCGUUUUGGGCUCGGUCUGACAAUUUGGAGGCAGCCUGCCAUGAAUACAUUUUGACCACGAAAAAUAGAUUUAGCGCUAUCUGUUUGCCCUUGCUCAUAAACACAUUACAAUGGGACGGAAUGUAGCUUGUCGUUCCAAGUCUGCACAGUAGAUGGCAUCGCAAUUUAACACUCCUCAUAUGCCAGGAGGGAUCAGUGUUGCCAACUUAGCGACUUUGUCACUAUAUUUAGCGAGUAUUCAGACUCCUCUUGAUUUUGUUUUGCAAAAAAGCAACUAGCGACAAAUCCAGUUACUUUUUCUGGUCUUGUUGGACACUUUUGGAGGCUUCAACAUGCAGGUAUCGCUCUUCUUCCCCUAGCCCCAUCUAGAAGCACUCACAGGACUGCGUCUUGCUUGUAACAUGACAUAAAAAUAAAAAAACACAAAAAUAUGCGACAGAAGAAAUUUAAUUCAUGUUUUUAAACAUAUUUGGUUUGCUUUUCGUGUUUUUGCUCAUUUUUGUCUACAAAAAUUGUAUGCACAUGCUUCAUGGCCGAUUACUGUAUGCAAAUUAGAUGAUGAUAUCAUCAAGUGCCCCCUCCCCUCUUCUUCAACCCACCUCCACAAAUAGAUUGCUGUCCUGUGGGAAACACUAUAAAUGUUGUUGUUAUCCAACUGUACUGUGAAAAAAGUGAUGGUGAUGGUGGUGAUAAAGGUUUACUUUUUAA